UUCAUAAACCUACGAGUCGUAAAGUAAAUUAAAUUCUUUAUUUACGACCUCCAAAUCUCUAGGGAGAUCGCUAAAUCGAGCCAAGUAAUAAAAUAACAGUAAAAGAAAUACACAUCAUAUUUAUAAUAGAAGUUUGCUUGGACACAAUUAAUUAAUUUUAAUAGUUUUUUUGAUAUGAAGGUUUCAAUUAUUGUUACCGCUGUGGUUGUCAUCGCUACACAAUCUACAUAUAUAAUAUCUGCACCCUAUAAACCAAGAAUACAAAUAUAUGAAAUCCACGAAAAUCCCACAUGGAAGGAUAAUUCAAAUCCAAACCACAAGACUAGAAUAGUUCCAUCUACGCUUAUACCAGGAAUGACUUUGGACAACAUUGAUAGACCAAAGAUUUUAAUCUUUCCAAUACAAAAAAAUCUUAAGCAUAUACCUGAUGUCUUCAAGGAAGUUAUUAGAAAAAUCAUUAAAGAUAAAAAUGAGGUAUAUGAUACAAAUAACAGUAAUGAAGUUAGGAAGAUGCUUUGGAAUAGGUAUGAAGGUGAUACCAGUGAAAGUGACGGUGAUGAUGAUUCUGGAAGCUAUAGUACAGAGAAAUACUAUAGUGAUAACAAUGACGAUGAUGAUGAUGUUGGUGAUAGCGAUGAUGAUGUUGGUGAUAGUGACGGUAAUGCUAGUGAAGAUUCAGACAAAGAUUUUCUAGAUGAAACUCGUUUGAGGUCAAGACUGAGAAAAGGAAGAAAAGCUUCGUAUGGUACGGACGAGUAAUAACGACGUAAUGUUUUUUGUUUGAUUUUGUAUUUAAUUAACUCCGUAACAAAGUUCAAUAAGAAUACAAAUUUUAAUCAGUC